CCGGCCAUGUUGGAAGUUUCCGCAGAGAUGUGUUGAUGUGGCUGGAUUCCAGAGUCUGCUGCUGUUGAACUGUAAACAUUAUUCAUGGAUAACUCCGGGAAAGAAAAAGAGGCCAUGGCUCUCAUGGCUGAAGCCGAGAAGAAAGUAAAGUCAUCGCAGUCGUUCUUUGGCUCUCUGUUUGGGGGCUCUUCAAAGAUGGAGGAUGCUUGUGACUUGUAUGGAAGGGCUGCGAACAUGUUCAAGAUGGCCAAGAAUUGGAGUGCUGCAGGAAACGCUUUCUCCCAGGCGGCGCUCCUACACUUGCAGAUGCAGAGUAAACACGACGCAGCCACAAAUUUCAUUGAUGCCGGCAAUGCCUUUAAAAAAUCAGACCCUCAAGAGGCCAUAAACUGCCUGAACAGGGCCAUUGAGAUCUAUACAGACAUGGGUCGAUUUACUAUCGCAGCCAAACACCACGUCACUAUUGCUGAAAUUUACGAGAGCGAACUGGUUGACAUUGACAAGGCAAUAGCUCACUAUGAACAGGCGGCAGACUAUUAUAAAGGCGAGGAGUCCACGAGUUCAGCCAACAAGUGCCUGCUCAAAGUUGCCACCUAUGCAGCUCAGCUGGAGCAGUACCCUAAAGCCAUUGAGAUCUAUGAACAGGUUGCAACACACGCAAUGGACAGCACCCUGUUGAAAUACAGCGCAAAGGACUAUUUCUUCAAGGCAGCUCUCUGCCACUUCUGCGUGGACAUGCUGAACGCUAAGCUUGCCGUCCAGAAGUAUGAGGAAAUGUUUCCAGCCUUUUCAGAUUCACGUGAAUGCAAAUUGGUGAAGAAACUUCUAGAUGCCUUUGAGGAACAGAAUGUGGACGCAUAUACUGACGCUGUAAAAGAGUAUGACACCAUCUCGCGUCUGGAUCAGUGGCUCACCACCAUGCUGCUUCGUAUAAAGAAAUCCAUACAAGAAGACGAAAGUGAUCUUCGCUAAGACCUUCUUCCUCCCCCCCGGCCCUUGCCGCUCGCUCUGCCUCGUGCCUUUAACACCGUGACUUCAGUAUGAUGGUCGAAUAUUGCUCUCUUUUACCACCAACUCUACUCUCAGUGCCUUAACGCCCUUGCUUUACCUCCCUCUCUCUCUCUUUCUCUCUCUCUCUAUGACACAGCCGUAUCUCCAGACCUCAGAGAACACUAAAGAAAGGAAGGCUGGUUGUUUAAGUGAGAUUUGAGGGAGUGUUGCAUGAGAGCUGCAAGCAGCCACAGUAAUAUUAAGGGGUGCUGUGCACACCAAGCUUCAGAAAAAAUGCCUUGUGCUCUGGCUGAAACAGAGCACCCGUAUUACUGAGCGCAAAAAGCCUUUGUUCAUUCUGUUCUUUAGUUGUGGCAUAUGUUUUUUUUUUUUUUUUGUGGAAACACAAUACCUUGUAUCUCUGCUUAUUUUUUGCUUGCUGAUUGACUAAUCUUGAAAAAUUAUUUGAAAUGCUGUUCCUGUUUUUUAUUUUGACAUGUGGAGAAGAAAAAGAGUAAAAGAAGGACUGAUUCAGCCUGUA